AUGGCCCAACUCCACCGGCCCAAAGCCAGACGGAAAUCGACUACCCAGAAGAUCUCAGAGGUCAUUCAAUCGACAAAACGCUUGCUGUUUACUUUCGAUGAAGUCGAAGCAUGGCAGCGUGAUAACGAGUACCUCUGCGGCAACUAUCGCACUAAGUCCAAUUCGUACCGUGCGUCCCUAAAGAGCAUGUUAUAUCUCCACAACCAAACCGGAAACAUUUAUUCGCACCUCGUAGGUGCGGUAUUAUUCCUCGCUUACUCGACGAACGUAUACGACAAGAUCACUACUAGGUACUCCACAGCAGAUGUCUUCGACCUCCUGGCUUUUGGUGUCUUUAUCAGCAGCGCAAUUAUAUGCUUCGGUAUCAGCGCGACAUUUCACAUUUUCGGCAACCAUUCCAGUAAAGUCUAUCAUACAUGGCUCAUGUUGGAUCUAUACGGCAUCUUCGUGCUCAUCGCGGGAGUAUUGGAUCAUGUAUUCGGUUGGGGUAAGAUCACCGUUUCUGGUAUGUAG